AUGAAUAUGUUGGAUGAUGAAGAUGACCAAAGCUUUCACGCUACGCGUGACGGCUACUCCCAUUUGAGCGAUGUCGAAUGGGAUGCGGUUGAACGAAUGGGUUCCACCAUGGGCAUUCAUGCUGUUAGCGUCAUGCUAGAGGCUCUCAAUAGAGAUGCCCAACAUGCUACUAUCGCCAAGUUCAUUCAAAAUGAACUUGACGCAGAACGCGAGAAAGUAGCCUUGCUUCACCAACAAGGUUCUCAACAAGCAGAGUUGUUGAGAGAACAGGGUGCUCAACAGUUUGAACUGUUGAGACAGCAGCAGGCUGCUGCUGGUGGGUCGAUGCACUCGCGUCGACCCGAGACUUUGAAGAUUGACAUCUCCAAGGCGCGUCGCAUCGACGACGGGGAUAUGCAAGUUGCAUUUGCCCAGUCAAAUCUGGCAGGACGUGCCAAGACUUGGGCACUGGGGCUCAAGUUGCACGACCCAUAUGCGUUUGGGUCGUUGGAAGUCUUCAAGUCGCGGCUCAGACAAACGUUUGAACCGCCUAGAGCUGAGUUCAGGGCUCGAACCGAACUCUUGAAGCUCAAGCAGGGUAAGCGUGAUGUGCACGCUUACGCUCAACAUAUACGACAUCUCACGAGUUGUAUAAGUUCCAAUCCGGUGGAUGAACACACGUUGGUUUCGGUGUUCAUGCAGGGUCUUGCGGAUGGUCCCGUCAAGACUCGCCUGUUCCGGCUUGAACUAGAUUCACUAGAACAAGCCAUUUCCAUUGCGGAGCAGGAAGACUUCAGUCUGAGACAGGCUCGCGCCAGCUCGACAUCAUAUCGUCAACCGAGACGAUAUGACAACGGAGGUCCAGAGCCGAUGGAACUCUGUUAUGUAGAGAGCGAGAAGGCUCGCUCUACAGGCUACAAGAAGUUGCAGAGAUGCGACAGAUGUCAAAAGACAGGACACUACGCUUACGAGUGUAGUGCCCCUCGUCCAGUGUCUCGCGACACUGGGUGUAGUGACCGUCCACCCAUGAGAAAGGGGCAGGGACGAGGGUCCGCAGUUGGUGCAAAGACGCAACAACGGGAUGGACCGUCAAAACACGGACAGGAUCAGUAG